CACACCAAGUGCCACGACGAUGACGAACCAAAAACAGACUGCCACUUGCCGGCUAAAACAGGACUAUAUGCGACUGAAGCGAGAUCCAGUACCGUACAUAACAGCCGAACCGCUGCCUUCGAACAUCCUCGAAUGGCACUACGUAAUCAAGGGUCCGGAAGAUUCGCUAUACUACGGUGGCUACUACCACGGGACGUUGCUUUUCACCAAGGAGUUCCCCUUCAAGCCACCCUCCAUCUACAUGAUCACCCCUAACGGACGCUUCAAAACCAACAAACGGCUCUGUUUAAGCAUAUCGGACUUCCAUCCGGACACCUGGAACCCGGCCUGGUCCGUCGCCACCAUCCUGACCGGCCUGCUAAGCUUCAUGCUCGAAACGACCCCGACGAUGGGCUCGUGCGAAACGACCCCGUACGAAAAGCGACGCUAUGCCCAACAGUCGCUCGAGUUUAACAUGAAAAAUGAAGUGUUCCAAGAGCUGUUCCCCGAGAUUUGUGAGGAAAUUACCGAAAGGUUGCAAACGAUUGAGGAACAACGGAAGCAGGCGGCUGCCACCGCUGCCGAAGAGGGUAGCGGAGGUAAGGAAGCGGCCACGGGUGAAUCGGAAACGGCGGACGGAAGCGUAUUCGUUGCCGGGCGGUCGGGUGGUGGUGGAGACGAUAGUAACAUUUGGCAUUCGCUUUACACCAACCUGAUAGUGCUGGUAGGAUUCGUAGUGUUUGCGCUCAUAGUGCAUUAUGUUAUUAAAAGCAUGAACAUUUAA